UAGGAUUAACUCCAAAUGCACCUAAUAAUAACAAAGGUAUCCCAGCCUGGGCCAAUGUCACAGCUGUACCAGUCAGCUUCAUGCCUGAGCAAAGGAGUCCUCCUGUGUCCUCUCUGAGCAUAAACAGAGUUGACAAUGACCCACAUUUCACCAUACACCUGCCCAAGAGCCAAAGGAACAUCUGCUUCAAUAUCGACUCUGAGCCUGGAAAGAUCCUAAACUUGGUUUCUGAUCCUGGUACUGGAGUUGUGGUCAAUGGGCAGCUCGUUGGGGCAAAAAAAACAGAGAAUAAGAAACUCAACACAUACUUUGGCAAAAUCGGUUUUUAUUUCAAAAACAAAGGCCUGAAAGUGGAGAUUACCACAGAAACAAUAACGCUGAAAGAUGGAUCUUACGGCAUCACGCUGACCUGGUCUGACACGGGGCACAUAAUUCGGAAACAGCUUCUCGUAUCUGUGAAGAAGGAAAAUAACGUUACUAUCACGGUGGGUGAGGAGAUGUCCUUCAUGGUUUUGCUGCACCGUGUGUGGAAGAAUCACCCGGUUAAUGUUGACUUCCUGGGAAUCUACAUUCCCCCUGAAAACCAGUUCUCUCCUGCAGCCCACGGGCUGAUAGGUCAGUUUGUGUCUGAACCAGAAGUGCAUAUUCACCACCAAAGGCCUGGGCAAGCUCCAGAGAAACCACAAGCCACCAUGGAAGUGAAAGGCAACAAGCUCACUGUUACCAGGGGAUUGCAGAAGGACUACAGGACGGACCGCGUGCUUGGGACCGAUGUGCAGUGCUGGUUUGUGCACAACAGCGGGAAAGGUUUCAUAGAUGGCCACUACAAAGAUUACCUCGUCCCCCACCUGUACAGCUUUCUGAAGAAACCCUGAAUGCUCCAACACAAAACCAGUUCCUUACAAAAAAUUGUUACCUGCUCCUUCAUGCCCAAACAACUCCGAACAGCACCUGUCAGCCUAUCGAGCCCGAUCGACCGAAGGUGACUUCACCACCAUUUGCUUUAGAGAUGAUCAGUGUUUCAAAGCAAUGUAACUCCCUUUU